CUACAACUGGAGUGGUCGAAGGAAUACGGAGGAUUCGCAGGAUUCACGGGAUUUGCGUCACCCUUGCCGCCAUCUAGAUAUCAUAAAAGCUUGGCCACAGCCUCUUACACAUAUUUCCAUGCCAUCAAUCGAACUUCUGCCAGCUUUCAAGAAAGUAAUUGGCCUCUGCAACUGUCAAGAUGGUUCUCCUAAGUCUCUCCCUACUGUCCGCUGGGUUGGCCUUCGCCAAUGCCGCCUCUCUCACCCAGGUAACUGAUUUUGGGUACAAUCCCACGAACGCGGAAAUGUACAUCUACGUACCAGAUAAACUCCCUGCAAAUCCUGCCGUCAUUCUCGGUGUGCACUAUUGUGGCGGCACAGGGCCCGAAUUCUAUAACGACACAAGAUGGGCAAGCAUCGCCGAUACGAAGGCGUUCAUCGUUGUCUAUCCCAACACCCCUAACCUUAAAGACCACUGUUGGGAUGUAGCAUCCAAGCAAACUCUCACCCACGAUGGUGGUGGUGACUCUCAGUCCAUCGCAAACAUGGUGAAGUACACCAUUGCCAAGUACAACGCCGACAAGUCCAAGGUCUUUAUGACCGGCAGAUCAUCAGGGUCAAUGAUGACCAACGUGAUGGCAGCCACAUAUCCCGAUCUCUUCGUCGCUGGUUCUGCAUACGCCGGUGUCUCCGCAGGAUGCGCCGCAGGUCCAGAGGUGGACUACUGGAACGCCGACUGUGCUCAAGGAAAGAUCAUUAAGACCGGAGCUGAGUGGGCUGCCAUUGCCAGGGACAUGUAUCCCGGCUACACCGGAGCGUAUCCAAGAAUGCAAUUUUGGCAUGGGACUGUCGACGGUAUCCUCAACUACCAGAACUUACAUGAAGAGGUAAAGCAGUGGACGUCAGUCUGGGGCGUUGCGGAUGUGCAGCCGGUGACAUCGACUGAUUCGCCCGAGGCUGGAUAUACGAGGAUGAACUAUGGUGAUAAAGUAGAGAGCGUCAGUGCUGAUAAUAUUAACCAUGAUAUACCGGUCCAUGAGGAGGAGUCGCUGAAGUGGUUCGGGAUCUGAGCUGGGGGUAUCUGUGUUUCUUAAAAGUCUGGAGAGGGCCUCGAUAAAUGGGAAAUGAUACCUGCAAAUUAAUGACAAUCCAAAAUAUCUCCAUAGAUCAAUUUACGAGCAAUUAAGUUAUCA